GCAGGGUGCUAGGACAGAGGUGUCUAGCCCCGAGUGGAGCAAGCCAGCCUUGCUGGCUGUCUAGGGACUGGGUCUUCCCUGGACCCGCCCCGAGGAUCCCAGCCUGGACUCCUUUCCUGGUGGACCCAGGUGGCAUGUCCUGCGGUGGCUUGAGCCCUGACCUUGGGUCCCCGGGGUGUCCCAGCCCCCAGCAGGGCCUGUGACGGUACACCUGGCUGGAACCAUGGCCCCUGGGCUCCUUUUUCUGCUGCUGUUGCUGCAAGCCUGUCUUGAAGGUCUGACUCAGCAAGUCUUUCCGCCUGCCCUGAGCGCAUACCGGAGAAUCCAGCGCCGUGAGGGGGAGGCCCUCUCCGUGAAGUGCUCCUCCCAGAGCCACAAGAAUCCUGUGGAACCCAAAGUCUGGUGCAAAGUCAGGAUCAAGAAGUGUGAGCCCAGCUUCUCCCGGCCCUGGGUGACAGGGCCACGUUUCACGAUGCAGGAUGACGCCCAGGGCAGGACCACCAUCACCAUGGCUGACCUCAAGCAGCAGGACUCGGGCCGCUAUUGGUGCAUGCGCGGAGGAGUCUCAGGGCACCUCUUCCCCUUAGAGGGCUUCCUGCUGGAGGUGUCUUCGGCCCGCCGAGGUGCGCCUGCUGCUGCUGCGUCUGAGCCAGGGAAGGCGCCUGCUCUCAAAGGCCUGGUGACUGACAGGGGUGCCCCCAUCACCCGCCUGCCUGAUGACAACCUCAGGAGCGGAAUUGUUGUUGCAACAGGCGAAGCCCCCACAUCAGGUCCCGACACCUCCUUCACCUCUACUGUGGCUGCAUUCACACCCAGGCCCCUCACCUGGGCCAGUCUCUGGCCUUCAACUGCCUUGGGGACUCCCAGGCCAACCUCUGUGAUAGGCUCCAGUCUCACCAGCCUCCUCACCAUGGGGGACCCCAAGAACACCUUGGGGCCCCAGGCUGGGACUGUAUCUCCUGCUGGCGCCAACAGUCCAGUGUCUGUCUCCAGCUGGCCCAGUGGUGGCUUGCUCACCUCAGAAGCAUGCCGUGACCAACUGCCCUCCACCAGGCUGCAGGAGCCCCACCUCACCACGCUGGUGGUGCUGUUGAGCCUGCUCCCCGUGCCUGUCAUGCUGGCCAUGGUCUACAAGUUCUGGAAGAAGAAAUACAUGGGAAGUUACCACCUGGGCAGAGAUUCUGUGGGACCCUGGACACCUUCAGUGAGAAGACGAGCCCCUGUGGAAGCCUGCUUGGUCUGAGACCACUUCAUGACACCCGGAAGCUUCUCUGAGGAUCCAGAGAGUACUGAGCACCAGGGACUGGCCAGAGGGCAAGGCACAGGCCCAGGCGCAGCUGAUGUCCCGAGGCCCCAAUCUGGAGGAAGAGGAGGAAGUGACUAAGAGCUGAGGCCACAGGUGGCUGGCAGCAGGGACCCCACAGCUGUCCAAGCGUGCCCUGUCCUACCACGUGUCUCUGACAGGGUUCCUGGGUGUGGCCUGCCUGGUGCAUCUACUGGUCACUCCCUCCUGGAAGCCCGCAGAGCCCUUGCUCUCUGCCGCUGCACCCUGUGGGUAGCAGGGAAGCUGGAGAUUGAUCGCGCGUGUAGUGCUGGAGCCAGGCCAGGCCUGAGAGCACGGAACACUCGAGGCGAGCUGCAGGGACAAGCUGCUCCAGCACUGAGCGCUGGGCACCCGAGCCCAUCCAGACAAACCGGUGCUAGGCAGAGGUGUGUCUUGAGGCAUCAACCUGCCGGAUGUAUAAAUAAACGAGCUUCAAAGGAUGAGCAGUUCCUCUCUCCCAUCAGGAGAGGAGGCUCCUCCCGGCCUCUACUUUCUGUAUUCUGACUCUUGUCUUAAUUCCUCCAUCCCCUACCAUCCUUCACUCUGAGAAUUUCUUAGAGCUGCACUGGAUGUGGCAUGUUGGUGCCUGAACACAGCCUCCUGGUA